AUGGGAGAAAUACCGUGGCCGUGGCUGCACCUGUCACACUGCUAGCUGGGGACGUGAGUAAGGAGCAGGCAGGGAGCCGUCCUGGGACUUUAACACAAGGAAUUUCUACCGCCAGCUCGGGGAUUUUGGAUUAACCGCCUGGGACCUGGUUGCCUUAACUUAAAGGGAGAAGAGAGAGAAGAAAGAGGCGGCAAAAUGAGCUCAUCACCUCGAGUGAAUGGGGUGUCCAAGCCGAACGCUAAAUCUAUAUAUGAACAGAGGAAGAAGUAUUCAAAUAUCAUCAUGGCUGAUGUUAGCCAGUACCAAGUUAAUCACUUGGUGACGUUCACGAUCAAUGAGGACGACGACGUUCACACAGUGGAAGAUGCCAUCCGAAAACUUAAUGCCAUGGAUGCCAAGGGCAAAGUCUGGGUGCAGGAGAUGAUCGUGCAAAUAAACACUUCUGCUGUCAAGCUUCUCGACAUAGAGAACAAGGAGGAAUUGGAAAUGUUUCCACUCUCUGCUGUCCAGCGAUGUGACGCAGUCCUGCCGGAAAGGAGAACCCGCAGCCUGUUGUUGUUGGUUUGCCAGGACAAAUACCAGCCCAACGCCGAUGUUCAUUUCUUCCAGUGCGAUGACGUAGGGGCAGAGUUAAUCAAGGAAGAUAUUACUAGCGCUGUGUCUGAUUUUAGAACAGGCAACAAUUCAAAAAGACCUGAAGCAUUGAGGAAUAACCAGGAGAAAAUAAAUCAGCAGAGCAACGGUGAGGCCUCUCCUGUCCCCGUGCAAGGACAGUGGAAGAAGCCGGUGACCCAGUACGUGACUCCUGCUGAAAUUCUGGAGAGGGAUGCACUCCGAAGACCGACUUCAAAGACAAACAGCCCGUCUCUGAACCCCAAAGUCAUUAUCAAUCCCACCCCUCAGAUCCAGCAGUCAGUGGACCCACAACAGGAUCUGUUAUAUAGCCAAAUACAGCGUUCCCAGAAAGUCAGCCGAAAUUCUGGAAGCCCACAGAUGCAGCAGAAACAGAUGAACAACUCUGCUCAACAGACAGUUGUCGACGGAGAACCUCUAGAUCCAAUGACCAUCAAAGCUGGGCGCGAGGUGGAUCUGCUGAACCACUGCUUUGAUGAUAUUGAGUUCUUCAUGGGAAACCUUCAGAAAUCUGCCGAGGCUUUUAAAGUCCUGAACCAAAGAAAAAAAUCCAGAAGGAACAAGAAAAAAGAAGCCGGAGAGGGGCUUCUGACACUUCGGGCAAAGCCCCCCUCGCUGGAUGAGUACGAGGAUGCUGUGCAGAAGUUCAAAUACAGCUUUUGUCUGCUGGCAAGACUUAAAUACAACAUUAUGAACCCAAGUUCAACUGAACUCGUUCACUUCUUGUUUGGUCCACUUAAAACGCUGGUGGACAGUUCAGGAGGUGUGGAGAUGGCGGCAGCAGUAAAAAGUCCUAUGUUAACAAAAGAGGCUGUUGUGCUAUUGAGUGAAUGUUUGGAUGACAACGAGAUGGAACUAUGGACGUCCCUGGGCCCCAAUUGGACAAAGCCAAGGCUGGAGUUACCGCGUGACUAUUCAGAGGCCUACACACCCACCUUCAGGAGCGGCUGGGUACCCACCAACAGUGAUGGCAAACCUUGGAAUGAUCCCAUAGAACUGCAGCACCGUCACGAAGAACUGAGGUCUCAGCAAUCAGCUCCUCAGAUUCUUCAGCCAACUCCUCCUCCUGCUCUAAACGGGCACCAGGAAACAGACCGCAAACUUGUGAGCUGUACCUACGAUUUUGUUGCGAGGAACAGUAAUGAGCUAUCAGUGUUACAAGGAGAGGUUCUAGAGGUCAUAGAUGACUCCAAGAAGUGGUGGAAGGUGCAGAAUCGCUUCGGACAAAUCGGAUACGUCCCCUUUAACAUCCUUGCUCCUGCCACCGAAGCGGACAUCAUCAAAGCCAAACAGAAUGGCUCCCAACCUUCGAGCCCGAUGAAGAAAUCACAACCCCCACCUACUCCCCCAAAGAAACCAUUGAGUGUGAGCAACCGUGGUCAGUGGGACACAACGGAUGGUCUGAACCAAGAACAGAAUUCUACUCAAGAAAAGAGAAUGAGCAACAUGAAUGAGGAACUCCUUAUCAGACUUGCAAAUGGCCGCACUGCACCACAAAGACCCCUCAGCAUUCAGAAGAUGUCCGACACCUCCAUCCCCCUGACAGAUGAGUCCAGUCCUUCAGAGGUUACGGCAUGGCUGCAGGCCAAAGGCUUCAGCACGCUCACCGUUCGAUCGCUGGGCAUAUUGAAUGGAGCGCAGCUCUUCAGCCUCAAAAAGGAGGAGUUUAAGGAAGUGAGUCCUGAAGAAGGAGCCAGAGUAUACAGCCAAGUGAUGGUGCAGAAAUCCCUUCUUGAGGACUCUAAAAAAACUACAGAACUCGAGGCCGUGAUGGAGAGACAGAAGAAAAAGGUGGACAGUGAAAUAGAAAGGGUCAGCCGCUGAGGAUACGGAACGAUUCAUCUGGUCCCUUGAACUUUUAAUAGACUGUAUUUAACUCACUCCAAAGAAUAAAUAUAUUUUAUAUAAAUAAGAAUAUAUAUAUAUAAAUAUGUACUUAAUUAAAACAUAAGCCAGAUCCAAUCACUUCCACUGGAGACCCAUUAUCUGAAGCGCGAGGACGUUGGAUGUUGGGCGUUUUCAAGAUGAUCUAAACAUUGACUUGGCAACUGAAGGCUAAUUGCAAAUCAUUCAUGAAAUAUGGCUCGCCCCAGGACUACGCGCUCAAGAUUCCCUAUCGCCGGGUGUCCUCCUCUCCUCCGCUCAGCAUGAUGGGAUGGCUUGGUUGCAAUUACAGUGUUUUAUGGGCUUAUGGCAAAUCAAAAAAAUCCAUACUCGUUGUAGCCUCCGGCAUUAAUGAAAUGUAUUUCUUGAUGUUUUGCCGCU